AUGGAAGACAUGGAGAAAUUCUUAUUCAGAUUUAAAGGAUAUUAUUUUAAUCAUUCAUCACUUGAUAUUAGCUUUAUAGAAAAUUUAGAUAAUUUUGAAAUCAGAGAAAAUGAUGUCUUCAUAAUCACAUACCCCAAAUCUGGAACCAUCUGGUUUCAGCAAUUAUUAAGUCUGAUUUAUUCUGAGGAACAUCGCAAAGGCACCGGAAAACUGGAAACCAAGGAUCGAGUCCCCUUCUUUGAGUAUAAAACUACAGAAAUGGAUUCUGGGGAAAGACCAUCCCCUCGUCUCUUCUCUACCCACCUCCCAUACUACUUGGUUCCCAGUGGGCUGAAGAACAAAAAAGCCAAAAUCAUUUAUGUAUACAGAAACCCUAAGGAUGUUAUGUGCUCAUAUUUUCACUUUGCAAAGAAUGUAAUGUUACAAUUUACAGGUACCUUUGAGGAAUUCAUGAAACAAUUUCUCGAAGGAAGAGUGGUGGGAAGCCUUUGGUUUGACCACAUCAAAGGUUGGUAUGAGCACAGAAGCCUCUUCAACAUUCAGUUCAUGACCUAUGAGGAGAUGAAGAAGGAUCCCAGAUGUUCUGUGUUAAAAAUCUGCAAGUUUCUGGGGAAAGGAUUGAGUGACGAGGAUAUGGAUGCAGUUGUGAGACAGGCCACAUUUGAGAACAUGAAAGAUGACCCACUAGCAAAUUAUGACAAUAUAAAAGCCACUGCAUUUGGGCCAAAUGCAAAAGGUCAUUUUCUUCGCAAAGGUACCAUCGGAGACUGGAAAAAUCACCUGACUGUUGAGCAGAAUGAAAGGUUUGACAAGAUUUUCCAAAGGGAGAUGAAGGAUUUUCCCCUGGAGUUCAUCUGGGACAUGAAUGAAGACUAGAAUGUGAAGCAAAGCACAGAUCCAUUAAAAAAGCACUGUCGAAGGAAACAUAUUGAAUUGUCCACGUUCAUCUUUGACUGUCACUGAAUCAUUACUGUAAAACCUGAGUGAUGAAUAACUAUGAAUAUCCAACUCUCCAUCAUUUGA